AUGAGGUUUGCUUUGCCCGAUGAAUUGGAGUACCCAGGUGGUUCUGCGUCAACACAAGUUUUAGUCAAAUAUCCAGUGAGCGAUGCAACAAUUGAACCAAUUGGACCAAGAGUCGCUAAACCUCCUAGUCGAGAUGACGUGAAUGUGAUGUACAAACUCAUAUCUGCACAAACCAAUGAAUGGAUGAAACGGAAAGCUCAUGAAAUUGCAAAACAACAAACCGAUAGUACAGCCUCAAUACAACGUGUACAAGAUCAAUACGAUUCGAGCAUUCGAAUGUUGAGCGACCAAUUCAACAACCGAAUACAACUACAAACCCAGCUGGUAGAAAAAGUAAUACAGGAUGAGAAGACAAGAAUAAGGUUGGCAGAAGAAGCAGAGAAGCGAAGAUUGGAAGAAGAAGCAAGAAGGAAGCGUCUAGAGAAAGAGCGCUUACAAAGAGAAGAAGAGGAACGUCGACGAAAAGAAGAAGCACGUCGAAAAGCUGAACAGGAGCGGAUAGAAGCUGAACGGAAACAAAAAGAAGCAGAAGAGAAGAGAAAAAAGGAGGAACAACGUAAAUGUGAAGAAACAGCACGUUUGAAAGCCGAACAAGAAGAAAAGGCUCAAAAGGAAGCCGAAUUGGAAAAGCAACGUGCUGAACAACUUGAGAAGGAGCAAGAGCAAGCAACAACAAACUUCAAAUCAAUUGAAAAACUGUUCCUCAAAUAUAAACAAGAUAUACAAGAUAUCAAAACCCAAAUUGUUGCUCCUUUGGAUGCUAAUAGAGAAUUGAAAAAACAAGUGAAUCAAUACAAACGUAAAAUUAACCCCAAAUUCGGCCAACUAUCAAAUUCGAUGUCGCAUACCAGAACCGUGAGCAUGGAAGUGUACAAUCUUGUUGUCCCCACCCAGUCUAAUGAGCUUGUUUACAAAUGGAUUCUCAAUUUUAUUGCCAAAGCAAUUAUUGACCAAGCUGAGACUGAAGUUAUUGUGAGGCCAUUUGCCGCUAGACCUUUAGCGGCGUUGGCUUAUUUCUUGCUUGAAAAGUUUCCUGACUUUGAAUACUUUCUAACGGCAAGGUUUAUUAAGAAAUGCCCCUAUAUACUUGGCUAUACAUGCAGUAUCGAUUCAGAAGAAGGUAGGAAAAGAAUGGGGUGGAAACGUAAUCAAGAUAACAAAUGGGAAGAUGAUGUAAAGUAUGAUGAACGUGUGGGUGGAAUAUGUACAGUAUGGUCCGUCAUGACGCAUCAAUCAAAUGCCCAAAUUGGUAUAUAUUCACACACGUCAUCUUGGAAAUUUGUGGCAAGGAUCUUGAAUACUGAUAUAAAUCUAAUUAGAAACACUCAUUUUGAGUUGUUGGCAAAUUGGUGGGAAGCUACCGGUGGUGAUUUUGCAAAUGAAUAUGGUAAUCAAAGCAGGAAGUUGAUGUUUGCUAUGGUUGGUGCUUUUGUUGAUAUCGUUGCUAGUAAGAGAUUCCCUGCAGCUGCAAGGUUGAGGCUUUUGGGCGAAGAAUGGCAAACAAGAGGUACAAUUCAAGGAUUAAAACAAAUGGAAAGUUAG